AAUCCGUAAAACAAAAUCAUCAGAAGCACCAUUUCGUAAAAACCCACACCUAUAAAAACCCCCCCCUUUCUUCCUCUUCUCUCUCACUACGUUAUCUGCAAGCCCUUCGUCAUUACCCUUUCUCCAUUAACGCACCAAAUUCAUUGCGUCUCAUACCUUCUCCAGCCUCCAAACCCUAGCCCUUCAAUCACCAACUCCCUCUCGUUCUCUUUCUCUGACGCUAAUAGUCUUCAUCGAACAGCUGAUCCCUCGGAAUCUUCGAAGUUUUGUGAAAUUUUGGAUAAACUUCUUUCCGUCUUGAAUUUUGCAGGAAAAGAAUUUGUUUUCGAAAGUUUAGAGUUGGGUUUAUAGUAUUUUUCGUUUUUUACUUUUCAAUAAAUUUGUUCUUCAUAUUUUCUAAUCCCGACAUAUAUACAAAAAAAUCGAAACCCCAACAGUCGGAAAGUGUUUUCUUUUUGGUAUUCGAGUUUUCUGAAGUAAUUGAUAAAUUUCAGUUUAGCGCUGGAAGUUUUAAGAGUUUAUAGUUUCUGCCCGCUCGGGAGCUUUGUUUUGUUCGAUCGCAUCUGUGUUUUUCAAGAGAAAUGGUGGGAGGUGGAAGCAGGAGGGACGAGGGAUCGCUCGUGAUCAACAACACAAACGUGUUUGCGGCGCUUGAGACUUUGAGGAAGAAGAAGAAGUCGGAUAAGGAACGAGGGUCAUCCAAGAGUAGCAAGACCUCUUCCUCAAAGACUCGCGUGAAGGAGCCGGAGCCAGAGCCGCCAGUGUACUGGGCUCCUGCUCCGCUCAAAGUGACCUCGUGGGCUGAUGUUGACGACGAUGACGACUACUAUGCCACCACUGCGCCACCCCAGUCCAUCUGGGGUUCUUCAGAACCCCCUCAGCAGACUAAUCAGAGCCAAUCUAAUGUGGAGGAGAGUGAAAGUGAAGAAGAUAUUCUCGAUGAGGGUGAUGAUGAUGUUGAGGAAGAGCAUGACCAUGAACCGGAGGUUCCGGUACACCCUGAACCAGUGAUACAGAAGCCACCUGAAGUUCCUUUGGCACCUAAAGAGGCAGAAAGACAGCUUUCAAAGAAGGAAAGGAAGAAAAAGGAGCUUGAAGAACUGGAGGCCCUUUUGGCUGAUUUUGGAGUUUCCCAGAAAGAGAAUAGUGUCCAAGUUGAGUCCCUUGGUGCUGCCCAAGAGAAGAAAGAUGAGGAGCCCAAUGGAGAUGAUGGGAAGAAAGAAAAUGCUGCCUCAGAGUCCAAAACUGCAAAAAAGAAGAAAAAGAAGGACAAGCCUUCCAAGGAGGUGAAGGAAACCUUGGAUCAGGCAAACAACUCUGGUAAUGGGCCAGAUGAAGUUGCUGAAACUGAACAAGCUGAAGAAGAUGCAGCUGCGGUUGAUGUGAAAGAGCGGUUGAAGAAAUUAGCAUCUAUGAAGAAGAAGAAAUCUAGUAAAGAAAUGGAUGCUGCUGCAAAAACCGCUGCUAUGGAGGCUGCAGCCAGGAGUGCGAAGCUUGCUGCAGCAAAGAAGAAAGAGAAAAAUCAUUACAACCAGCAACCAGUGCGGUAAAAACCCCUUUUUGCAACAUAUGUGUGAACAUGCAUCCCUCGUUCAUUUUCUGGUGCAAAAAUAAUCAGCAGAUUCUGGACAACUGAUAUCAUGAAAAGUAACCUUAAGAAGUAUGUCUGUGGUUGUUGCUUGGAGGAUUUUUAUUUUGGUUUUCUUGAUCUUUUUUUUUGCUCUUCAAUUAUCAUGUGAGUAUCAUUUAUGAUAGUUUUACUCGUUGAAAAAUCUUUCUUGGACGGUAGAACUUUUACAGCACCAUGUAUUAUAGUUGUCCUUUGAUUGUGUUUUUUGCUAUGUUAUUGUUUCUUUCAAGUUAUGGAUGGAGUGAUGGACGCUAA